AUGCAGCACCAGCGGUUGUCUCCAAAUGAUGUUGUGUACAACUCAGCCAUAACAGCCUGCGGCGCCCAGAGGUGGCGCUUGGUGAUGGAUGUGUUGGAGAAAGGCCGGCACCUCCAGAUAUUUGGCUGCCGAAACCUUCGAAUCGCUUGGAACUCGGCCAUGUCUGCCUGCACGCGCGCAGCCAGGUGGAGGGAGACGUUGACCUGCCUGGAUGAUUUGCGGAGCGCCGGGCUGCUGCCAGACAGCUGGACAUACGUUGCCAUGCUGGGCACCGUGCCGCCGCGCGGUGGUUCUUGGCCCUUGGCGCUGCAGCAUGUGGAGGACAUGCAGCUUUAUGCACCUCUGGAGCUGAUGACGCUCACUGCAGCAAUCAGCGCAUGUGCUGAGUGGCAGCAGGCCUUGGCCCUUUUCCAGAAGAUGAUCGACUUGACCGUCCGUGCAACAAUCGUGACGGCCACUGCAGUCAUCUCAGCCUGUGCAAGAUCAAGCCAAUGGUUGAAGGCGCUGAGCAGCUUUGCCAAGCUGCCCCAGCGGUCCCACCAUGCCAACGAGGUGACACGCGCAUCGGCCAUCAGCGCAUGUGGAGAGGGUCAGCUAUGGCAAGCGUCGCUGCAGAUUUUCCACGCAUCGCCAAAGCUGCCAACGUGGCUGCUCGUCCAGCGCCUUAUUGUAGAGCCAUCUCCUGUGGGCGAGCUUCUGGCAAUUGGACACAGGCCCUCGCCCUUUUGCGUGGCUGGCGGUGUCGAGGACAUACUGCAGCUGGAGGCGAAGAGUUCAUGCCAAGAGCAGCGCUUGUUCGCCACUGCCUGCAGGACAGUGGCCCAGCACUCGUACUGCACAAGUGGACACAAUCACCCUUGGCGCUGCCUCUUCAAACUGCGAGAUCCCUGGCUUAAGACGGGCCUUACUUGCUCUUACGGUAGGUUGCUGUUGGCCCUAAAGGCUGCUAUCUGGCUUCCAGUGUCACAUGGGUACAGGAGUUGCCAGAUGUUCGUUGCUGCGCUCGCGUUUCCAGGGUUCGAAGCUGCCUUCCCAAGUCAAGAGAAGGAUGUAAGACGGGGGGGAAAUAUGUACCGCGUUCAAACGCAAUGGGUGAAUUGUUGCACACAGUCGGCCUACAUCACGAGCCUGGCUACGUGGGCCGAUGCUGCAAAGGAUUACUAUUUCAAUAGUAGCACGGAAGAGGCCUGUCAAGGGGACGAGAUGGCAGACCACCCGUUCCAGCUUGGAGCUGCCCCGUGGGUCAUUCGCAGUCAUAGUUUCUUGUUCCACGAGCAGCGGAGGUAUCACAGCUGUACAGACUACAGAAGUCACCUCGCGUUUUCAUCUGCCGUCACACGCCUUGGAAAGACAUCCAUGGACCUGGAGCACAGCAUCUACCAUGAGAGGAGUGGGUACAGCCCCAAGCUCUUGUGCGAGGUUGCUAGCUCCAUCAUCGUGUUCUCGACUGACACCGGUCGGCCGGUGGCCCAUGGGAUGGAGGCUCAUGCAGGCAGGUGCAGCAAAAGUGCCGUGAGCAUUUCGAAAGACCUGGGCACCGAGUCCAAUCCCUUCCGCCAUGUGUGCAAGCCGCGAUUCUCGGACAUUGAUGGACACGGCCACGUGAACAAUGCCAUUUUGAUGGGCUAUCUCCAAGAUGCCCGGCACGCUGCCAAGAGCCACGGGCGCCCGGGCUCGCAGCGUCUCGAGGACAUCCACUCGUUAUACAUCGAGUUUUCGAGCAUGGCCAACUUAGACUCCACCCUCGAGAUCUCGGUCUGGUUUACAACCUCCCCCAAUGCUGUGUUCUUCCACAUGCGCGACCAGGAUGGUCGAAGCAUCGUCCGUGCACGCAUGGACACUGCCUUGCCAGAGGCGUCGGUUGAGAAGGCAUUGGCUGGAAAGCCGCGACUCAAACCCUCCUCAGCAAGUUCUUCAGACCUCAUGGGCGAAAUUGGAAGUUUGGAGGCUUCUCUUCGAGCCGUAGUUCAAAAGAGGCGUGACAAAGGCUUGCUGCGCCAGCUGACCAAGCGCUCAGACGGCCAAGUAGAUUUUUGUUCGAACGACUACUUGGGUUUUGCCAUGUCCACGGAGCUGGCGAGAGAUAUUGAGCAGGAGCUUCAGGCACUUAAGGAUACUGGAGGUCCACUGUUCGGAUCCACGGGCAGCCGCUUGCUCUCAGGCAAUUCUGCUUAUUGCGAGACUUUGGAGGAGGAGCUUGCUGGAUUCCAUGGAGCAGAGGCUGCUUUAAUGUUCAAUUCGGGCUUCGACCUGAAUCUUGGUUUGUUUGCUUGCGUUCCCCAGCCUGGAGAUGUGGUACUCUAUGACGAGCUGAUCCACCAGUCCAUGCGAGAAGGCCUCAAGCUAAGCCGUGGCAAAGCCGUCCAGUUUCGUCACAACGACGUCACCGCACUGCGAGAAGCUGUCGCAGAUGUCUUGGCCGGAGCUCACGACAAGAGACCCAACAUCAUCAUCGCAGUUGAGUCUGUGUAUUCCAUGGACGGACACUGCGCGCCCUUGCGUGAAUUCUGUGAUGUCGCAGACUCCGUGGGGGCCUCUCUGGUGGUAGAUGAAGCGCAUGGCACCGGGGUCUACGGCAAGGAGGGCCGGGGCUUGGUGUCCGAGCUGGGCCUUGAAAGCCGUGUGUUCUGUCGGGUCCACACCUUCGGCAAGGCUCUUGGAGUUCACGGUGCUGCCGUGCUCGGGCCAAAAGUCUUGCGCGAGUACCUCAUCAAUUAUGCAUGGCCAUUGGUGUAUUCCACAUCCCUGCCGCUGCAUUCACUUGUGGCCAUUCGCUGCGCUUACACAUUCAUGCGCCGAGAGGCAUCGAAGCGUCAAAUCCACCUGCGGAGACUCAUCCAGACCUUUCAGAAGCGACUUGCAAGCCUUCCGCCUGAACGAGUCCUACAAAGCGACUCCCCCAUUCAGGGCGUUAUUGUCCCGGGCAAUGCGGCAGUCGUGGCAGUUGCAAGGAGUCUUCGGGAGAGGUUUGAUGUGCUUCCCAUCCGCUCGCCCACAGUUCCGGCUGGGAAGGAGCGCCUGCGCAUCAUCUUGCAUGCGCACAACACCGAAGAUCAAGUUCACGGCCUGAUGAACGCAUUAGACGACUGUCUUCGGCCCCGGAGAGAAUUUGAGUCGCCAGCUGCAGCCAGACUUUGA